CAGGAGAGGGAAGGGAAGAUGCGUUCUCGGGAUGGGAAGUGUGAAAAGAAGGUUGAAAAGAGCGGAAAGUAGAUGAACACCAGCGAGUCGAAUGGAAAAAGUCAAGUAGGGAAGUGUGUGUGCGUCUGUGUGUGUGUGGGAAAAGUAGAAUAAUGGGUCUGCACUUGCCAGCAUGGAGUUAGCUGCACGGGAGCCUGAUCGAAAGGCUUUGCAGAGGACGAGAAGACGAGCACCACAGGUGGAUAGGAGGGGGAGACGUCCCCGAGGUCAGAGCCCCUCCACCCACAUGGGUUGCGUCCUGAGUUCGGACUGGUGCGGGGAGGACGUGGUGCAAGCCAUUCCGGUGGUCAGAAGCCCAUCUGUGAAGAGUCGCAGCCUGGAGAGGAGUGACAGCGCCGGGAUGAGGCUGAUGAAGUCAGGGAAGGGGGAGCCUCACGUCUUCAAAGAGAAGACCUUCAAGAAGAAGCGUCAGUGCAACGUCUGUCACCAGAACGUCGACAACGUAGGCUCCUUUUGCAGAGUGUGCAAGACAGCUACUCACAGGAAGUGUGAGAGCAAGGUGACCACAGCAUGUAUUCCAGCUCCCGCCAACGACCUGCAGCGCAGAGGGACAGCGCCAUCGCGAAACGCCCAACAUCUGGGCUCCACCAAGUCUUUGACUUACACUAAGCAGAGAAACACUUUGCCAAGGAGCUUCAGUGCGGACCGUGUGAUGGAGCGGGUUAUGGAGCGCCAUUACGACUUUGAUCUGACUUACAUCACAGAGAGGAUCAUCUCGGUCUUUUUCCCGCCCAAGCUGGAAGAGCAGCGGUACCGCCUCAACCUGAGGGAGGUUGCCGCCAUGCUCAAGUCAAAGCAUCAAGACAAGUUUUUGCUCCUCAAUCUUUCUGAAAGGCGCCAAGACAUGAGCCGAUUAAAUCCAAAGGUUCAUGACUUUGGCUGGCCCGACCUCCACGCCCCACCCCUGGACAAGAUAUGCGCCAUAUGCAAGGCCAUGGAGACAUGGUUGACCUCUGACCCCCAACAUGUGGUGGUCCUGCACUGCAAGGGGAACAAAGGCAAAACGGGAGUGAUCAUCGCAGCCUACAUGCACUACAGCAAAAUUUCAGCAGGAGCGGACCAGGCUCUCAGUACUCUGGCCAUGAGGAAAUUCUGUGAAGAUAAGGUGUCCACUUCCCUCCAGCCAUCCCAGAACAGGUAUAUCUAUUACUUUGGGGGUCUCCUGUCAGGAGCCAUCAAGAUGAACAGCAGCCCACUUUUCCUCCACCAAGUUCUCAUCCCGUCACUUCCCAACUUCCAAGGGACAGGAGGUUACUAUCCCUUCCUGAAGAUCUACCAGUCAAUGCAGUUGGUCUACACUUCAGGCAUAUAUGACCUUCAAGGAAGCGGCGGAAGGCGCCUAUGCGUAACCAUUGAACCAGCGCUCCUGCUUAAAGGUGACAUCAUGGUCAAAUGUUACCACAGACGAGCCCACAGUGCUGAUAGGGACAAUGUGUUCAGGCUGCAGUUCCACACUUGCACCAUCCAUGGAUCCCAGCUGUGGUUUGGUAAAGGAGAAUUGGAUGACGCUUGCACAGAUGAACGUUUUCCAUCCGAUGCCACUGUGGAGUUCGUCUUUUCCACCGGACCUGAGAAGAUCAAAGGCCGUGAGUACCACAAAAAUGACCCUGCUGUCACCGUUGAUUACAACACUGCUGACCCUGUAGUUCGCUGGGAUUCUUACGAGCACUUCAACCAACGAUACCAAGACAGUCUUGAAGAUAUUGCCCACACAAGAGGCCCUCUUGAUGGCAGUCUCUAUGCGCAGAUUAAGAAGCGCCGGGGCCCAUGUUCUGGUUCUCUUUCUUCAACCAAUGGUAGCAGCCCUGGGGGAGAUGAUGGACCCGAUCAUUUCCUGUCUCACCGCUCUGACUCAGCCCUUUCAGCACAUUCUAGCCCUUUUAACCAAUCAUCUAUCCUUCCUGACCACCAUGAGGAGCCAUUACGUCCACCGCCUCCAACAAGGCAAGAACGAGAGGAACUUGAGCGUCUUCUUGGAGGCAUAGAGGGAAGUAGGGAUACAGAGCGAGAGACAGACAUCUUGGAUGACGGCGAUUCGUCUCCUUCGGAACGAACAGGGAUGCUGAGGCUGAGCCGGUCCUGUUCCUGCCGAGAUGGAUACCGGUCUCAGCGCUGUGCAGAACCUGGAUGCGACCGUACUCUCCUAAUGCCAAAUGGUUAUUGCCUUGAUGGAGCACCUGGUACCAAUGGGCACCACGGGGCGACUCCUUCUCCAGUUCCCACCUCAGCUGCCCCACCCUCGCACAUGGACCUGUGCCAGCACUACAGUCCAAACCCCCACCCGUCUCUCCCACCUCCAGACUUGGUGUGGGAUCGCCAGAACAACCAGCAACACAUACUGCACCGCUCCUGCUUGGAAGCUACCUCAUCACGUCAUCUCUGCCCCUACCCUUCGCUAGAUCCUCACAGCCACCCUCAUCACUAUCCUCUGUCUGCACCAGUGCACCUCUGCUGCCAGGAAGAUGACUACAGUCUCUACCAUCUUCCUCCUCAGCCUCACAGCCACCACCAUCCCCACCCUCAUCACCACAAAUCCUCAGCCAGCCCACCCUAUCACGAAGUAAUGCUAAUGGACGGUUUGCCGCCAUCUGGCUGCUCUUGCAGGGACUGCGCCAUCCGGAGAGAAGAAGCUGCAGCAUCUUGUCACAGCCUGAGGCUUGAUCAGGGUGCCGGCUUUCACUGGGACAGAGAGGCUGAGCUUCAACAGAGGGAGGCGGGGCUACGAAGAACCAGGGACGGAGAAUUAGCCAGAGUGGGCUCGAACAGCCACUGGGAAAAGCGUGGUCGAGAGUUUUCUCUACCCUGGAAGCGAGACAGAGAGGCUGAGCUCCAGCGGCAGAGGGAGCGAGAGGCAGAAUAUUGGCACAAAAGGGAGACCAUGUCCUCCUAUGGACCCCAGGGUCACAAUCUCCCUGCCUUCACCUUUGACCCCUUGCCUCCAUAUCACGCUGCCUAUCCAGAAGCGUCACGGUCCUACGCUCAUUCGCAUCUUGAUCUCAAAUAUAGCAGCAGUAGCAGUGGGUACCAAACACCACGGCAGGUGUGCCCGUGCUCGCCUUACCAGCCCUCACCGUCUGAGAGCAGGGGCUACGCCUCAGGCUAUCAGUCCGAGUCAACUUCGCCGUUGCCACCUGCGUCCUCCAUGGUGGGGCCCUGUAGCCAUAGCAAUGGGUCAGCUGAACAUAAUCAAAGCCACCACUGUCACCAUCCGGACACCCAUAAGUCGUACAGCUCGGAUUCACGCACAAAUGGUCUUUGUAACUCAGGUGAAAGUGUGGGCUGGAGGGAGCACAUCACCAAUGAUUCCUGUAAAAGGUCCCAGAGAGAUGGUCAUGGUGCGUGCUCUACUCCAUCAGACAUGUCUGGACCAUCCACUCCUGUCCAUACCAGCAGUCCUCUACGUACACAGGAGAGUCCCAGUCCAGGGAAAGAGUAUGACAGCCGAAAAACAGUCAUCAGGAGUUACCCUGAGGAAUCACAGCACCAGAAUGGGCACUACUCUUCUGGUAAAGUCAUCCAAGAGUUCACGGAAAUUCCAAGCAGCAGCAUUGACUCGUCAGCCCCACCAAUGAAAAGCCAACCAUCGAACGGAACCUCACUCACUCAAAUAGACUCUCACAACCACUCCACUGCACCAACAGUCCCGUCUCCUACAAAUAACACUCACCAGCAGCACUGUCAUCGUGAGACACCCUCAUCAACACACAACACUUGUUUGGACUCUGUGACAACAACUGCAUCAAGCCAGGGACAUGUCUACUCCCAUUCACCUGCACCGGCCCACCACCACCAACAUCCCACUCUGGAGACCCACCACCCUUCUGAAGCCGCCGCAGUGCCUUCUUCUUCAGCUCAGACAGUGUGUCACCCUGUGAGCCAGACCCAGGGGACCAGCUCGGUGAAGAGUGCCUCACCACAGGUUAAUGGAUGUUCUUCUCCAUGCGGGGAUUCCCUCCCAGAAACCGACAAACCUACCAGCAGCCCCAAAUCUACAAGUUCCACCAAAACUCCAAACCCUGCACCGUCACCCAUCCAGGCCGAGUCCACCAGCAUGGAGGGGUCCCCUGUUUCAGAUAGCCCCGUUCCGGGUUUUGCCACUCUGGGUAGGAAGCUGAUGAUGAGUGGCUCUGAGCUCCAUCAGCACAACCACAUUCCUGUCCAGUACGGACCCUCUCACCACCCUUACCCGAUGAUGGAGCACAAUCCAGCAAGAGACACCAAAAAGAGGCACUGCAACUCUGCUCCCCCCACACAGCAUCAACAAAUAUCUGUCACCAACUACUCCACCAUCUCCAUCCCACUCCCUCACCCGCAGCCGCCUCUUCCAGAAAAGCAACACACUCAACUGGGCUCACCUAAUGAUGAAGCAGAGGCUCUGAAAUCAAACGUGAGCCACCCCAUCAACACUCAGCAUCACCACCAUGUCACCUUCUCACCCACCGUGGGGGAAAUUGCACCCAGCGAGAACCAAAAUGAUGUGGAGACUGAGGAGCCUGAGAAUGGAAACAGAGUUAGUGUGAAGUUUGUUCAGGACAGUUCAAGGUUCUGGUACAAGCCAGGUAUCUCCAGAGAGCAAGCAAUCGUUGCUUUGAAGGAAAGAGAUCCUGGCACCUUCCUGAUCAGGGACAGUAAUUCCUUCCAAGGGGCUUAUGGCCUGGCACUGAAGGUGGCCACACCACCUCCUAAUGUCAACCAGCACAGCAGCAAAGCAGGUGACCCUCUGGAACAUUUGGUGAGGCAUUUCCUCAUAGAAACAGGCCCUCGAGGAGUCAAGAUUAAAGGCUGUCAGAAUGAGCCUUACUUUGGGAGUCUCUCUGCCUUAGUCUAUCAGCACUCCAUCACACCCAUCUCUUUGCCCUGUGCUCUGAAGAUUCUUGAAAAAGAUCUGAUAGCAGACACGCCUGAGGUUCAGCCUGUGAGUAACAUCAGCACUGCUGCUGAUCUGCUGAAACAAGGAGCGGCUUGUAACGUCCUCUACCUGAACUCUGUGGAAACGGAGUCUUUGACUGGCCCUCAGGCCAUCGCCAAAGCAACAGACGCCACACUUGGCCGCAGCCCUCGGCCCGCUGCCACCGUCGUCCAGUUCAAGGUGACGUCACAGGGCAUCACGCUGACCGACAGCCAGCGCAGGGUUUUCUUCCGCAGACAUUACCCAGUGAACAGCGUAACUUUCAGCAGCCUUGACCCCAAGGACAGAAGGUGGACUAACUCAGACAACACCACUCUUAAAGUUUUCGGUUUUGUAGCCAAGAAGGCAGGCAGCUUGGCGGAGAACGUUUGCCACCUGUUUGCUGAACUGGACCCCGAACAACCUGCCUUGGCCAUCGUCAACUUCAUCAACAAGGUCAUGUUGUCGCAACGCCGGUAGAGAGGAGUUUUUUGUUGUUUUUUGGACCUAACGUUUGUGUUAAGAUGCUCUUGUUAAGGAGCUCAUCGGACUGGAGGCCAUGUGGCACUUGUACACCAAAAUGAACUGUUUGUAUUUCAGCUCCUUGGGGCUGAGGAACCUGCGUAUUGCGAGAGCAUUUCAUCUGGUUUACCUUGCAAUUGUAAAAAAAAAAAAAAAAAAAAAAAAAAAAAAAAACAA